UACAGAAAAUUGUAUAGUUAUUUCUCUUCUUCGGAUAAGCUUUAAAACACAGAAAAAUUGAAGAAGCUCCUAAGGAGGAGAGCUCCAAUCUCCAUUAGAGACCAAAUUCGAACUUUAGUGAAUACCCAAAUGGCGAUUUCAUCGUCUUCACUCUCAGCAGCUCUUUUUCCAAUGUGUAAUUCAUCUUCCAUUUCUGCACAACCCAAGUUUUCUCUUCUGUCUUUGCAUUCAAAUUCUGUUAAGUUACAAGUUUUCAACCAAUCUCGAGUGUCUACAACUAAGGUUUUUGCUUCUCCUGAAGUUUUGGAUGCCCAGAAUGUUGAAGCUGAUGUUGAGGAUAUUCUAGCUGCUUCAACGCUGAGUAUUGGUGGUGACUCUGACAAGGCAGCUCCAAAGCAGAAGAUUAGGAUCAAAUUGAGGUCAUACUGGGUACCCCUAAUAGAAGACUCUUGUAAGCAAAUUAUGGAUGCUGCAAGAACGACAAAUGCAAAGACCGUAGGUCCUGUACCACUGCCCACCAAAAAGAGAAUUUACUGUGUCCUCAAAUCUCCACAUGUUCACAAAGAUGCCAGGUUCCAUUUCGAAAUAAGAACUCAUCAACGUCUUAUUGACAUUCUUUACCCGACUGCCCAAACUAUCGACAAGUUAAUGUUGCUUGACCUUCCUGCUGGUGUUGAUGUGGAGGUCAAGCUCUGAGUAAAAAAUUUCUCCUCCUUGUUUCACAUCGUAACCUUGUCUAUCUCUUGCUAGUUCCUUUCUGGUUUGGAUUUUGUACUCAUAGCGACACAAUCAUUUCUCAGGGAGAAGUAGGGUAAACAGAUAUUUUUUUUCUGUGUAAUGAUUUGAUUACUUGAUUACUGAGCAUCUUUUCAAUCUCAUAUCAUUGUUACCUUACAUGUU